CAAAACCCAAUUUCCAAAGAGGAUAUUUUUCAGCAGAAAAAUUAACAGAAAUGUCGUGCAGGAGUGUUUCAUGGUGGCCGCCUUUGCCUACACUCAAAGAGAAACGAUCAAAUUUUGCUCCAAUCAGUUUUCCCCACUGGAAAUUAUCGAAACAGACACCGAAAUAUGGCCGUAAAUUAGCCUCAAACCGUAAAAGCCAUCAUCACUUUGCAAGGAAUUGCUUGAACAAUGGAAAUCGCGAUUUUUCUCAGCAAGACCAGCCUCAGGAUGCUCUUCUCAAAGCUAUUUCCGAAGUUUCAAGGAGAGAAGGAAGGGCGAGUCAAGCUACAAUUGUAGUGUUUGGUGGCUCAGUUUCAGGUGAUUCCACCUCUGGCUGGCUUGCUCUUGAUCGGAAGCUAAAUUCUUAUCCAAGAAAGAGGGGGUUUACUGCAAUUGGAACAGGAGGAGAUGAUUUUGUGCAAGCUAUGGUUUAUGCUGUGGAAUCAGUAGUUCAGAGGCCAAUCCCUCAAGGACAAGUGAGACAGAAGAUAUCCUCCCGUGGAAAAUAUGUAUCCGUAAAGAUUGGCCCGGUUCAGGUGGCUUCGAGUGAGCAGGUUCAAGCAGUAUAUUAUGCCAUGAGAAGAGAUGACAGGAUGAAGUAUUUCUUGUAAAUCAGAUUCUGAUCUCAUUUUGUAAAUUAUGUAUGUAGUAAUUUAUAGGCAGCUACACAAACCUUAAUAUAUCCUCUCCAAAUUAAAUCGUUUAUUUGAUUAAA